AUGUGUGCUUGGUAUAAGAAAGGAAAGAGAAGAGAACUUGAGGCAGACAACCUAGGCCCUGAACAAGUAGUAUUUGAUGAAGUCAACUUGGAUGAAAAUGUUUACGACCAAGAAAACUAUGACUCAGAUGGGUCAGAAGAUAUAUUCCUCAACAGCUUACAAAAACCAUUUAACAAUUUCCUGAAUGAUCCUGCAAUGCAAGGCAACACCCAGGAUAACUUGAACCCUGGCCCAGAGAUGCAGGCUGGCAGUUCACAUCACCCCCACUCCCUGCACUUUAAUCUGGAUGAUGAUGAUGAAAGAGUAGUGGAACAAAAUGAGAAUGCUGGCAAGGUUAUAAGGGUGGAUCUGGAUGCUCAUGAUCCAUGGAGGGAGAGUUUUCACCAGUUCUGUCAAGAUGAUGAUGAGAUGGACAUUGAUCUUCCAUAUAAUAGAUGGGCUCUAUUUUCCACAGAAUUAGACUGGAAAUUUGCACAUUGGGCAUUACAGGAGGGGGUUGGCCAGAAAUCUCUUGACAGAUCACUGGCAAUUCCUGAAGUUUCCCAGAGACUGGGCCUUUCUUAUCAAAAUAGCAGAAGCCUUCUAAAAAUUAUCAACUCCGAAAUUCCUGAAAGGGCCAAAUGGCACCCAAAAUAUCUACACUUUGAUGAUCGUCCAGAAGAAAAACACCUUAUACAAUAUAGAGACCCCUUACAAGCCAUUGCUUCUUUGUUGGACAAUCCAGCACAUGCGACAGACAUAGUCUAUAAACCCUCAAGAAUAUUCACAAACAGCCACAGGGAUGAUCAUAUAUUUAAUGAGAUGUGGACUGAUGGAUGCAAGAAUACGCACUUUACCUCCUGCAUAUGGAUCAAAGCAUUUCAAAAAUGGUUUAUCGCCUCUUUCUCAGAUAUCUGGAGGUGA